CCUUGCAGUUCGCUUUCGACAAAUCAAGCAAUUCCAUCCCAUCCCAUUCUCGUCUUCUUCUCUCAACUAAAGGCGCGAGAAGUUUUUGCAAACCCUAACGCUUAGAUCAGAAGAAGAACUCGCGAGAAACACAUCGACAAUGAAUUCAACAGGUCGAAGAAGCGGAGGAGGCCUUCUCGAAGGUUUGUACAGAGUGAUUAUGCGCCGUAAUUCUGUUUACGUCACCUUCAUCAUCGCCGGUGCAUUUGCUGGAGAACGGGAUCAAGAUAGUGGAAGUGGCUGUGGAUUAUGGAGUUCACAAGCUCUGGGAGUACAACAAUGUCGGGAAACGUUACGAGGACAUUUCAGUUUUGGGGCAAAGACCGUCGGAAGAAUGAAUCUUUUAGCCACAUAAAAAGCUACACAACCAUGGAUUCAAGAGGUAAAGAAACUGGUGGCUUAGGAUGGUAAAUGAGAAUGUAUUUCUUCUCACCAUUGGUUUGGAAAGUUUGUGCUUCUUCAUGAGAUUCUAAUCAUAGUUUAUUUGAUUUAAGUUUGGAGUUACAAGUUCUUGUCUAUUAGUAUAUUUUAUUUGAUUGAUCUGAUAAUCGAGAAUACAAGAAAAGCAAAAUGUUGUUAGAGUGCUAAUUAUAAAGUUAUUAGGGUAUAGCAGUGAGCAUAAUGGUAAUUACUGUUGGUUAUAAUUUAUAGAUAGUGGAAAUUAGAGCUUAGAUGGUUGAAAGAUUUUUGGGAAAUUAGUGGAUUGUGGGAGGGAGAUAAUUCUGGUAUUGUUGGAUCUGCCUGAGCCAUAGUUGAAUUGGCCUAAAAUAUGUAUUAUCAAUCUCAGAGGUUAGAGGAUUGAUCUCACACGAGAAAAAAAAAAAAACAAAAAUACAUUAUUAUUGUAAUUUUUGAUAA